UACAGCAGGAACUGAAUGUUACAUUUCUUUUAUUUAUCAGUGAAAUAAAAUCUCUUUUACAACAGAAAAUCACACAUACACGAAUUAAAUCUGAAUAUAAUUGGAAAUGGAACUGAUCGCGUUUGAAUUCUUCCGAAUAUUUACGAUGACAGUGGCGCUGCACAGCAGCACCGCAAGUCUGCAGUCACCGUCUGCAAGGCACCCCUGGAGGCCGCCUCCCGCAGUGGUACAGACCACAGCGCCUGCUGGACCAUCCAACGUACGGGAGGCACCCGCCUGCUCAAGCCUGUACAGCGAGGUGAUCGUGGCUCAGGGGGAAGCUGUUCACUUCAAAAGUCCAAAUUACCCACGCAAAUAUCCGUCCAACCAGCGAUGUGGCUGGAGAUAUCAGUCAGCAGACGGAUCCAAUCUGGAAAUUUCCUGCAGUGAAAUUUCUCUUGGUUUCCGUGAUUAUUUUGAUUUAAUUGACACGGUUUCGCAGCGAUACGUUUCGUAUUCUUGGACUGCGCUCAGCAACGUGCGGCUGAGCGCUCCCUCGGACCGCCUUCUGGUGCGCCUUAGGUCCUCUUAUUCUUGGCUGGGGGGUGCACGAGGCUUCAGCUGCAAUGUGUGGGGUAAAAGCACGGAUAUUAAUCCUACAUCCGCUCCGACUACAAUAGCUGGCACUACCAGCACGCCCCUCGCUUCCGAUUCUACGUCUCCCAUUACACCUGCUGCAUCUGAAACACCUUCUUCAACAACAACACCUGAUUCAUCCAUAACACCAGCUGCACCUGAAACCUCAGCUUCAUCCACAACAUCAGCUUCACCUGAAACACCUACAACUUCCACAUCUGCAGGCACAUCAUCUUCUUGUGUGUGUGGAGCCAAGCCGAGCGUGCGCAUCGUUGGGGGCGCGCAGGCCAGUGAAGGCGAGUACCCGUGGAUGGCGAGCCUGGGUACGGGGGCGAACUUCGUGUGCGGUGGCAGCCUGGUCACCCAGUCCUGGAUCGUAACGGCUGCUCAUUGUAUAAAAAGCAAUACCAUGACAAUGACAAUUGGGCUCGGCUACUUCAACAUCUUCACCCCGUCGUCCACCAGCGUAACGAGAGCCGUGCGCCAGAUAGUGAAGCAUCCUCAGUACAAUGCCAAUACUUUAGUGAACGACAUUGCGCUGCUGCGGAUCGACCCCAUCGACUGGGCGGCGAGCCCGACCAUCAGGCCCGUGUGCCUCCCAGCCGACCUCGGAGAGGACUUUGUGGACGCCACGGCCACCAUCGUGGGCUGGGGGUCCACUCAGUUUGGAGGGCAGACGUCGGCAGUGCUGCGUGAGGCGCAGGUGCCGGUGUUGUCGUACGCCGAGUGUCGCAAGGCCUACGGCACGGCCGUCACCACGGCCAUGCUCUGCGCCGGCGCGGCGCUGGGCGGGGUCGACUCCUGCCAGGUGAACCGCUGCUGCACGCAUUGA